GUUCUACUCCACUCCACGGUCUCUUCUCUCUCAUCCUCCUCAUCCUCCUCAUCCUCACCGCCUCACAUCGUUCCCGCUCCGCCGCUCUUCUGUGGGUUUAAUCCUCCCUGCUGCACAAAUGCAAGCCAUCAAGUGUGUGGUGGUGGGAGACGGAGCCGUGGGUAAGACAUGCUUGCUCAUCAGCUACACCACCAACGCUUUUCCUGGAGAGUACAUCCCUACAGUAUUUGAUAAUUACUCUGCAAAUGUGAUGGUGGAUGGGAAACCCGUGAACCUGGGAUUAUGGGAUACGGCAGGGCAGGAGGACUACGACCGCCUCAGACCGCUGUCCUAUCCUCAGACGCUUCUUACCUGCAGACGAAGGAAACCAGACUCACGCUUGUUUCUUCUGUUCCUACAGGACGUGUUUCUGAUCUGUUUCUCUCUGGUGAGCCCGGCGUCGUUCGAAAACGUCAGAGCGAAGUGGUAUCCUGAGGUCCGUCACCACUGUCCCAACACCCCUAUCAUCCUGGUGGGAACAAAACUGGACCUACGGGACGAUAAGGACACCAUCGAGCGCCUAAGAGACAAGAAGCUGUCCCCCAUCACCUACCCUCAGGGUCUCGCCAUGGCCAGAGAAAUCGGCGCGGUGAAGUACCUGGAAUGUUCUGCUUUGACUCAGAGAGGACUGAAGACGGUGUUCGAUGAGGCGAUCCGCGCCGUGCUCUGCCCUCCGCCCGUCAAGAAGAGAGGGAAGAAGUGUACUGUGUUUUAAAAACAAGUACACACACACACACGGGAUCAACUAAACGUGGCACAACACCUCACUGUACCAAAUUUACACCCUGUCCAAUUCAUUCCUGUACUUAAUUGCCUUAAUUGGUGCUUAAUUCGUGGUGAGGUCAUGUGUGUACAGUGUCAGACGUGUGUGUGUGUGUGUGUGUGUGCUGAUACCUGAUUCUACAAUACAUCCCGAUAUUCAACACUUCGAUUCAAUUACUCUUCGGUGCAGCUGGUAGACUGGCUGUCAUGCUGUCUGUUAGGGGCUUCUCAUGCCCCCCCGUGUCCAUGUGGUUAUCCUUCAGGUAUUGUUUUUUACCCCCCCCCCCCAUCCUAAAAAAACAUGCAGUAGGUGGAUUGGCUACUUUGAAUUGCUCAUGUAUUAAUCAGCUCAUGCAUCAACACUCCUUGAUUUUGAUGAGUAAGUGGCAUCCUUGGGUUGAGUGGGUGGAGUGGAGAUGUGGGUAAAAGUGGAAAUUUUGGUGCGGUGGAGAUGUGGGUGUGGUGAAGAGGUGGGCGUGGUUUGAUAUGUGGGUGUGGUGGUGGAGAUGUGGGUACAGUAGAGAUAUGGGCAGAGUUAAGAGAUGUCUCGCAGCUAUGUGGAUAGAGUGGAGAUGUGGGCGUGGUGGUGAUGUGGGUGUGCUAAAGAUGUGGGUGGAGUAGUAAAGUGGGCGUGUCCGAAAGGGCGUGUCUUUUUGCAUUCCGAUUGCAUGUACAAAUGUGUCGGAAUCUGUGUGAAUAAUUGUGUAAAUAAGUUCGGUAUGAGGGCAGAAUUUACGAGUAUCGGCUACUGAGUACGAUUUUUUGUUGUUUGUGCGACUCUACUGUACGUGAUUGUAGCUACAGCACAAGCUAAUACGGUUAUGUAACGAGAAACGUUUACUGAAACGCGUCCGUCUGAAGUUUGUUGGCGUCUGAUGCUCGACUGGGUGUCGUGUUUAAAGGAAAACUCGGCCAAUAAUGAAACGCACACAGUUUCUACUUACCAAACAGUCCAUUAACCAUUUUUGGUGUGUAAAGCUUCCAGCUACGAGGCUAAUAUUGCUAAAGGGUCAUAAAAGUGUACGCAGUAUUGAGUCUUAAAUUCUGUAAUCUUUAAUAAUGAAUGUUUUUGCUACAUUAGUAUGAAACGUAUUUCACACGGUGAAGUGAACGCUAUCUGAAUUUCUGAUAUUUAUACUGAAAUAGGCUAAAUUUUAAGCCUUUGUGUUUACAGCAUGUUAGCGAGUCAGCUAGCAACCUAGCUAACAUAAUUGUCUGCUUAUGAUUAAAUAGCUUUCUAGCAGACUUUGAGCUAGGUUUUGUUAACAAUGUUUAAAUAGCAUAACGUUAACUAAUAGAUUCAUGCUGUCUAGUGAGUGUUCAUGAAUACAGUGUUAGGUAGCUCACUAGCAAACUUGGUACACUAUGAAAUACACUGUAAAAUGUGACGUUAGCGAGCGUGCAAGAAAACUGUUAACUCCACGCCGGCGAUAUUUUAUCUGACCUAAGCUAGCUUACUGGUGAUCUUUGCUUCUGGUUUUGCCCAGACCAUCAAAUCACCACUGGUGUCACCAUGAUUCGCAGUAACGCCGCAGACAGUAACACAAAGGCAAAGGCGCAAAGUUUUCGCUUUCUUCUAAAGAAAGAACUUUAGCAUCGUGGCUGGGAGUAACACGCAAAUGUACAUUUUCUAUUUUGACUGAAAAUUGCGGACCUGCCGUUAACACAGCGGUAACGGUCACAGCAAAUGUCUCGGCUAAUCGAUCUAUUUGGAGUAAAGGGGAACAUUGUGGAGGUCUCAUUUUUGGCUGAAUUGUUCCUAUCGAAGGUCUUUUUUAUUACAGUAUUGUAUGUGUAUUUAAUUAACACGUCUUUUUUUAUAUAAACCGGAACUUUUCUGUCUUCUUUUGAAUUUCACUCAAUUUUUGCAGUAUACUAGCUGAAAUGUGCCAUUGUGGAUUGUUUUGUGCGGCUAGCAUGCCAAAUUUUUAACUUUAGAUAAUACCUGCAUCUAACUUCAUUUCUUUUUAGUUUUAUUAAGUGUGUGUGAGUGUGUGUGUGUGAGAGAGAAUGGUUGUUAGACGUGUAAAAUAAGCCGUGUGUGUUUCGCUGUUACAUGACGAUGGUUAUCUACGUUAAUCUUACACUUAUCAAUGUGAACAAAACGACGUUCAGAAACCAUUUGAAUUGUUACUAAAAUGAAUCUGUCUGUAUGAUUUAACAUGUAUGCAUUAAUAAAAUCAAGUCCCUGAAUGUA